AUGGACCGGAUAGAGCCCCGCUUAGAUAUGUAUGCCACAAGCUGCGGGGAUGCAGGUUGGGGACGUAGAGGAGCCCCGCAUCAGGGACGCGCGUACACCGAUCAUUCAGUUGGGGACGUCAUGAAAUGCAGACUCAUGGUAGGUGCAUUAUUUUUCAUACCUGGGUGGAGCAAUCCAAUGCACCAUGAUAAGGACCAAUCGGAAAAUGAUACGGCCAUGAAGGCUAUUAUGAGGUGCAUGGUAGCAAAUGUUUUUGCGUAUAUAUUGGCUGCAAUAAAGUGUCGAUAUGAGUGGCCUGGAGUAGACAGAGCAUGGACCAUAAUGCAGGAGCUUGCAGUGGGCAGCGGAGACCCGUCUAAUCCAAUUUCAAGAGGAACAUGUACGCAAGAUACGUAUAAGGACAUUAAAAUAGGGACAGGUAACUUACAGGCAGCGGUAAAAAAAUGGUUACAGCAAAGUACAAAGAUACGUGAUAGUAUAAAACAAAUAGAGAAGAACCCAAAGUGUAAAAUGCAUUGGGAAAUGUACAAGAAAAAUUUAGAGGCACGACGGGAAGAUGCAGACCUUUCCAGUAUAUUUAAGAAGGCAACCAUGCAAACGUUAGUGAAGGAACAGAUAAAAGAGGUGCUUACGACAAUUAGCAAAAAAGUACAUAAGAAGGUGCAGAAGGCGCGCAACAGGCCAGAGGGCUCCACACACCUCGGGGAUAGUGCCCUAGACUCUUCGGACGAGGAAGAGGAAGAGCAGAACAACGCAGAAAAGGACAUGACGGAAACGAAAGGUAAGCAUACGACUCCUAAGACUACGAGUACGAAUAGUACGGCCGCUACCGAUAAGCCUGCGGAUGGAUGCCGCCACAAACACAACGGCCACAACGCAGCACAGCGCUUCCCCUUCGCUGACGUUGAGCGAUGA